AUGGCUCUGGUGGUGACCCCCUGGCAGGAAGAGCUUCCUGGCGUUCCCCCGGGGGUCCCCCCGCAGCUGCCAGCCCCAGCCCCCCAGGAGCCCAGUGGGGGCAGCAGCGGGGAGGGCAAGGCGUCGGCGUCGGCCGUGGACUGUCUGGUGUGCGGGGACAAGGCCAGCGGGAAGCACUACGGCCAGUUCACCUGUGAGGGCUGCAAGAGCUUCUUCAAGCGCUCUGUGCGCCGCAACCUCAGCUACACCUGCCGUGCCAGCCGCCAGUGCCCCGUCGACCAACACCACCGCAACCAGUGCCAGCACUGCCGCCUCACCAAGUGCCUCAAGGUCGGCAUGCGCCGUGAAGGUGGGUUGCCCGAGGAGGGGGGGUGUCCCAUGCAUCUCGUCCUCCUCUCUCUCUUUCUCUCUGCUUUCUUGCAAUCUCCCUCUCCUCCCUUCGCUCUCCAGAGGCCAGUCUUCCAUUUCUUCUUCUUCCCCUGUUUUUUCCUGUUCGGAUCUCUCUUACUCUUUCCUUUUGUGGAAGUUGUGACAUCCCUUUUCUUGCUCGCCUCCUCCCUGCUGCCUUAGGGCUCCUCUGGAGAGUAGUAGUAAUAAUAAUAAUAAUAAUAAUAAUAAUAAUAAUUAAUGAUAAUAAUUUAUUGUUUAUAUCCCACCCAUCUGGCUGGGUUUCCCCAGCCACUCUGGGCGGCUUUCAACAGAAUAUUAAAAUACAAUCGUCUAUUAAACAUUAAAAGCUUCCAAUUUUAAACAUUGUCUAUAACAUUACAAGUGUUUUUUAAAAAUCCUGCUAAUGUCUUAACUUGAGUACAUUGCGUAGCUCAGUGGUCAGAACACCUGCUUGGCAUGUAGAAGGUCCCAGGUUCCAUCCCCGCUGGCAGAGGCUCUCUUGCCCCAAACCCUGGAGAGCGACUGCCAGUCAGUGCCAAAAGUACUGAGUUUCCUGUGAUCCUGGUUUUUCUUUUUCUGUGGAUGUAUUCUGCGAAAUGUCAUCGGUGCAUCAAUAGUUCUAUUAUUUAUGUAUUCAUCUGUUACCUUGCCCUUCAGCCUAAGUUCCCAGGGCAGGUUCUACCAAUGAAAACACAGUAUUGAAAUGGCUAACAAUCGCAAAAAUAACGUGGAUCCUAAAAGGAUACGGCUUGAGUGUCAAAAGCACUUCAUUCAGUUUAUAUAGCCCACGCUUCCUCUCGAAGGAGCCCAGGGUGGAAAACCUAUCAAUCAUGUAGAAAAGCAUUUGAGAAGAGAAAGAACAUAAGCAGAGCCCGCUGGAUCAGGCCAAUGGCUCAUGUAAUCCAGGAUCCUGUUCUCACAGUGGCCGAUAAGAUGCACCAGUGGCCCCUGUGGGAGGGAGUUCCACAGUUUAACGAUGCACUGGGUGAAAAAGUCUUCCCCUUUUCUCUGUCCAGGGAUCUGAGGGUCGUCUUUCAGCCACCAAAUGGCAACCUGGGUAAAGAGGGGUGUUUUUAAAAUCCCUCCUGAAAGUCGAUUACGAGGCAGGUGGGCGCAACUUGCUCGGGAAGGCAUUUCACAAAUGGGGAGCCACCACCAAGGAGGCCCUGUCAAUGCCAACUGGGCAGCCUCCAGUGGUGGCACCCUUACCUACCACGGCCUCCUCUGCUGGUCUGAAAUGCUUGAUACUGGGAAAGGUGCUUUUUAAAAAGGUACUGGUGCCUUAGUGGCCAAUGGUGCAUUAAUGGCAGAUUUGUGCAUAGGAACAUAAUAAUCUGUCUUAUACAGAGUCCAACCAUUGAUCCAUUUAGCUCACUAUUGUCUCCGCUGACUGGAAGAGGCUCUCUGGGGUUUCAAGCAGGGAUUAAAUGUGGGAUCUUUGGCAUGCCAAGCAAUCGCUCUACUCCUGAGCUACUGUCAUUCCAUUAAAAAAGAAGACGCUAGUCCACAUGGUUCUGAAUAGAGAGUUGGUUUUAAUUAGGAGCUGCCUUACACCAAGCCAGCCCCUUGGAUCUAUCUAGCUUUGUGUUGUCUACACUGGCUGGCAGCAGCUCUCCAGGAUUUCAGGCAAGGGGUCUCUCCCAGUGGUACCUGGGGAUGGCAGGGAUUGAACUCAGGACCUUGUGCAUGCAGGGUCCUUGCUGUGCCACUGAGCUACAGCCUUUUCCUGAACCAUCCACACAUCAUUCUGCCUUAUUAGUUGCGUUCUGCAGUGCUUCCUCAAUGUCCGUGUAUUAUUGCCACCCAGAGGGGCAAACUGCAAUUCUUGCAUUGUAGGGGGUUGGACUAGAUGACCUUUGGGGGUGCCCCUCCAACUCUGCCAUUCUAUGAAAAGCAGGGCAAGUAAUUAAAUCAGGCCAUUUGAGUUAAAGGCUGAGAAAAUGAUAAACUAAAAUUGACAGAUUUGCGCACCGGCUACUUCCACCCCUGUCCUGAUUUUAUUUAUUUCUGCUCUCCGGGUGAACCUGGUUUAAUUUCAAUUUAUUUGUGGCAUUAAAAGUGAGGAGGAUUUCAGCAGGGAGUUCUGGGACUUGCAGCGACUGGGAACAAAGCAGAGUUUCUGGUCCGAAACCUUUGCAGCGGCAAACUCUGUCGAAAGGGAAAUAGCUGCAUUGCCACUGCCCUAAAGCUGAAUGCGGGGAAGCUUCGGGACAGAUAAAAGAAUAAUAAUAAUAAUAAUUUAUUAUUUAUACCCCGCCCAUCUGGCUGGGUUUCCCCAGCCACUCUGGGUGGCUUCCCCAAAAAAUAUUAAAAUACUGUAAUAUAUCAAACAUUAAAAACUUCCCUAAACAGGGCUGCCUUCAGAUGUCUUCUAAAAGUGUGGUAGUUGUUGUUCUCUUUGACAUCUGGUGGGAGGGCGUUCCACAGGGCAGGCGCCACCACCGAGAAGGCCCUCUGCCUGGUUCCCUGUAACUUGGCUUCUGGCAGUGAGGGAACCGCCAGAAGGCCCUCGGUGCUGGACCUUAGUGUCCGGGCAGAACGAUGGAGGUGGAGACGCUCCUUCAGGUAUACUGGGCCGAGGCCGUUUAGGGCUUUCAAGGUCAGCACCAACACUUUGAAUUGUGCUCGGAAAUGUACUGGGAGCCAAUGUAGGUCUUUCAAGACCGGUGUUAUGUGGUCUCGGCAGCCGCUCCCAGUCACCAGUCUGGCUGCCGUGUUCUGGAUUAGUUGUAGUUUCCGGGUCACCUUCAAAGGUAGCCCCACAUAGAGCACACUGCAGUAGUCCAAGCGGGAGAUAACCAGAGCCAGAGCUUUUUCACACAACACGUAGCUAGACUCUGGAACUCCCUCCCACAUGAGGGCAGAGGCAGCCACCAAGGCUUGAAAAGAGGACUGGGCAAAUUGAUGGAGGGGACAGAGCUAUUUGUCAUUAGCAACAGCCCCUGUUGGCUACCAGCUGCUGUGGCUUUCCUCCGCCUCCAGCAAAGCUUCUGAAAGCCGGUUGCUGCAAAUCACAAGCGUGGAGAGCACUGCUGUUGCACCCAGGCAAUCCUUUUGGGCUUCCAAAGGGGCAUGUGAAUGGUCACUGUGAAAAGAGGAGGCAGGACCACAAGGCCUCCACUUGACGUGACCCAGUGGCCACGCUCUUCUGAUGUCCUUACGGUCCGGAGGAAGUCUAUUUACAUCCCUAGUUCCUUACAGGUAUUUCGCCUUGGUGAGGAGAGGAUGUUGGACUAGACUGGACUGGACCCCUUUGGCCUGAUCCUGCGGGCUCUUAUUGCAUUCUUAAAAGUAAAGGUAAAGGGACCCCUGACCAUUAGGUCCAGUCAUGGCUGACUCUGGGGUUGCGGCGCUCAUCUCGCUUUAUUGGCUGAGGGAGCCGGUGUACAGCUUCCGGGUCAUGUGGCCAGCAUGACUGAGCCGCUUCUGGCGAACCAGGAAACGCCGUUUACCUUCCCGCUGGAGUGGUACCUAUUUAUCUACUUGCACUUUGACGUGCUUUCGAACUGCUAGGUUGGCAGGAGCAGGGACCGAGGAACGGGAGCUCACCCCGUCGCAGGGAUUCGAACCGCCAACCUUCUGGUUGGCAAGUCCUAGGCUCUGUGGUUUAACCCACAGUGCCACCCGUGUCCCAUUGCAUUCUUACGAGAGCGCUAUAAAAAGUGCCUUCAUCUUCAUCUUCCUUCCAUCCCUCUUCUGCUUUUCCUGCCUUCCUUUGUGACUCUCCCUUUUCUAUCCUGCUUUCCUCCAGUUCCCCAUUUCUCCAUUUCCCCCAAUUCCCUCCACGCCUCCUCUUCCCUACUCUUUGCUUUCUCUCCUCCUUUUCUCCCUUUCUUUGCCUUCCUCUUCCUCUGCAAUCCUUUUGCAAAGGCAGAUCUUGAUUAUCUAGCCGUGCCCAACCACGUGCCCAUUGCUGAAUCAUCCUCCUCUCUGCUCCUGCAAUUUCUUCCCUCGUUCCCUUUGUCUUCCCAAGAACCUCCCAGGGUAGGAAAGCAUCUCCUCCUUUUCAUCUUUGCCCUUCAAAGUUAUUUACCUUUUCCCUUUCCUUCUCUCUGUCCUCCCUCUGCGUUUUCUUCUCCUUUUUUUUUUUUUUUAGGAAUCGCUUCUUAAGGUCCAAUUUCUUCCCCUCCACAUUUAAGCAGAGGGGCUCCUUUGCAAGACUAUUGGACACAUUAAUGGCUGAUGAGGCUACCAACAUCUGCUAACUGCAAUGGCUAUUUUCUGCCUCCAUGUUGGAGGCUGUGAGGUAAAGGUAAAGGUCCAGUCGUGGCCAACUCUGGGGUUGCGGCGUUGAGCCUAGAACUUGCCGAUCAGAAGGUCGGUGGUUUGAAUCCCCGUGACGGGGGGAGCUCCCGUUGCUCGGUCCCUGCUCCUGCCAACCUAGCAGUUCCAAAACACGUCAAAGUGCAAGUAGAUAAAUAGGUACCGCUCCGGAGGGAAGGUAAACGGCGUUUCCGUGUGCUGCUCUGGUUCGCCAGAAGCGGCUUAGUCAUGCUGGCCACAUGACCCGGAAGCUGUACGGCGGCUCCCUCAGCCAGUAAAGUGAGAUGAGCGCCGCAACCCCAGAGUUGGUCACAACUGGACCUAAUGGUCAGGGGUCCAUUUACCUUUACCUAUCUGUCUAUAAGAUUCCUGUGUUGUACGGGGUUGGACUUGAUGGCCCCAGAAGGGUCCCUUCCAACUUUAUAAUUCUGUUAAAAACAUACUGGCAAUCUCCCUACGACAGAGGAAUGGCAAACUAAACUGUUGGACUGCGCCGAAAUGGCAAAACUGACUGGAAAGCUCAGGAAUCAAGAAGACGAGAACUUCAAGAAAGAAUGGGGGAAAAUUAUAAUUUAUUUAGGACACCAUUGUAAAGCAGGUGAAAACAUUACCAGGAUUCUAAUAAUGCUUGUAAUGGAACAAAUAUGAUGGAUAAUAUGGACAGGUACAAAAUAUUGUUGUUGUUUAGUCGUGUCCGCCUCUUCGUGGCCCCCUGGACCAGAGCACGCCAGGCACUCCUGUCUUCCACUGCCUCCCGCAGUUUGGUCAAACUCAUUCUGGUAGCUUAGAGAACACUGUCCAAUCAUCUCGUCCUCUGUCGUCCCCUUCUCCUUGUGCCCUCCAUCUUUCCCAACAUCAGGGUCUUUUCCAGGGAGUCUUCUCUUCUCAUGAGGUGGCCAAAGUCUUGGAGCCUCAGCUUCAGGAUCUGUCCUUUCAGUGAGCACUCAGGGCUGAUUUCCUUCAGAAUGGAGAGGUUUGAUCUUCUUGCAGUCCAUGGGACUCUCAAGAGUCUCCUCCAGCACCAGAAUUCUAAAGCAUCAAUUCUUUGGUGAUCAGCCUUCUUUAUGGUCCAGCUCUCAAUUCCAUACAUCACUACUGGGAAAACCAGAGCUUUAACUAUACGGACCUUUGUUGACAAGGUGAUACAAAAUAUAGACUGAAAUAAUACGCAGUUGGAAAUGUUGACACUAGAUUCAGAGAAAUGUGUAUUUGGCAUUGUUACAGCUCUUCAUUUGUAAAACCAAAUAAAAACAAUUAAAAAGACCACAUACUGGCAAUCACAACGGGAAAAUAAUAAUAAGGAAAUGAAAUAGAAACAUAUGCACCCUUCGUUUCCCGAGCUUGCUUGGGUGGUGAAUACUGAGAAUCUUAAGUCAGAAACCCAGGAAAUAAAAUUUUCCCCUCCCCAGGACGAUGUAACGACAUAUUGGUUUCAUGAAAUAAAUGCUGAGACACGAAUCAUGUGCUUUCUCCCUUCUCCCCCCCAUAACAUUGUAUUAAUUUUCCAACAAUAACAGAAACAAAACAAACAACAAUAAAAACCAAAACGAAACAAAUUGACUUUCCCCCUGAUCCCUUCCUUGGUUCCAUUAUAUAUCAAUGUACUACUACCUGUCCAUUAUAAAGUUUUAACCAUUUGAAUUUCUUAUCGUCCAUUCAUAAUAAAAUUACAAGAAUUCUGAAAACUCUGCCAAUGUAUUAACCUGUGUACAUUGCAAUAAAGUCCUUCCAUUCUUCCUUAAAUUCCUUGUCGUCGCUUCCUCUUAAUUUCAUUGCCAACUUUGCCGUUUCAGCAUAUUCUUUUAAUUUAACUUGCCAAUCUUCUUUAGCCGCGACGCUUUCUUCUUUCCAAUGUUGUGCUGUUUGUGCAGCCGUGGUUGCGUACAUAAACAAAUUCUUUUGUGAUCCUGGUAAGUCCAUUCCUGUAAUACCUAACAGGAAAGCUUCUCGGUUUUUUUUUUUGGCAAAGGUUAUUUUAAACACCUUCAUUUCAUUAUAAAUCAUUUCUCAAUAAUUCUUAACAAUUUUGCUGUCUCAUCACGUAUGAAAAAAUGUACCUUCUCUUGUUUUACAUUUCCUACACUUGUUUUCUCUAGUUUUGUACAUUUUUUGCUAGUUUAACCAGUUAGAUACCUGAAGGAGCAUCUCCACCCCCAUCGUUCUGCCUGGAUACUGAGGUCCAGCUCCGAGGGCCUUCUAGCGGUUCCCUCCCUAUGAGAAGCCAAGUUACAGAGGGCCUUCUCGGUAGUGGCACCCGCCCUGUGGAACGCCCUCCCACUAGAUGUCAAAGAGAAAAACAACUACCAGACUUUUAGAAGACAUCUGAAGGCAGCCCUGUUUAGGGAAGCUUUUAAUGUUUAAUAGACUAUUGUAUUUUAAUAUUUUGUUGGAAGCUGCCCAGAGUGGCUGGGGAAACCCAGCCAGAUGGUCAGGGUAUAAAUAAUAAAUUAUUAUUAUUAUUUAUUAUCUAUACGUCAUUUUCUCUUUUUUAUAUACAUUUUUAUUAUUUUUUUAACAUAUUAAUUCCAACAUUCAUACAACAUAACUUCUCAUCUUAUACAAUAUUUUUGGACUUCUGUCAACGCCUCUGAUGAUUUUCCGUUCUUUAUCACUUAUUAUGCAUUUCUUAAUUCCAUAUUACCUUUAAUUAUCCUUAACUAAUAAUUCUCCUCAUUGUCUUUUUUUUUUUUGCAAUAUUUCAAAUAAUUCACCUUACAAAACUUCUUGCCGAUCUACUAGCGCCAUCUGUUCAUCACAAUUACUUUUCAAAUCGUCCGUAAAUUGACUCCAGCCUUCUGAGAAUCUCUGGUCCCGCAGGUUUCGAAUCCUUCCUGUUAGUUUAUCUAAUUCUGCAUGGUCCAUCCAUUUAUUCGUCCGUUCUUCUUUCUGCCACCAUUGCAUAUAAAAACAACCUAUACAUCAUUUUCUCCCUCCCUCCCUUCUUGUCUCCCUUCAGCCGUGCAACGGGGGCGCAUGGCUCCCGCGCAGCCCAGCCCGGGUCAGUACCCCUUUGCCAACGGAGACCCCUACAAUUGCCACUCCUACCUGACGGGCUUCAUCUCCCUCCUCCUCCGGGCAGAGCCCUACCCCACUUCCCGCUAUGGGGCCCAGUGCCUGCAGCCCAACAACAUCAUGGGCAUUGAGAACAUCUGCGAGCUGGCCGCCCGCCUCCUCUUCAGUGCCAUCGAGUGGGCCAAGAACAUCCCCUUCUUCCCGGACUUCCAGUUGGCCGACCAGGUCUGCCUUCUGCGCAUGACCUGGAGCGAGCUCUUCGUCCUCAACGCCGCCCAGUGCUCCAUGCCUCUCCACGUGGCUCCCCUCCUGGCCGCCGCCGGCCUCCACGCCUCGCCCAUGUCUGCCGACCGCGUGGUGGCCUUCAUGGACCACAUCCGCGUCUUCCAGGAGCAGGUGGAGAAGCUGAAGGCUCUGCACGUCGACUCGGCUGAGUACUCCUGCCUGAAGGCCAUUGUCCUCUUUACCCCAGGUGAGCAUCACGCGCUGCCGGAUUGGAGGAGGAGAGGGCUAUCGGUGGCCACGAUGACCAUGCUCUGACUCGCCAUUUCAUCAUUCGGGGCAGGCCAGAGAAAGUCCUCCCUCACGCAGGUCAUUGUUAAACUAUGGAACUCAGUGCUGCAGGAGGCAGUGAUGUCUGCUAUUAAGUAGUGGGUGGACAUAGCAAACGACACAGAGAUUUCUCCAAAUACCGUAUUUUUCGCUCUGUAAGACGCACCCGACCAUAAGAUGCACCUAGUUUUAGAGGAGGAGAACCAGAAAAAAAAUAUUCUCUCCUUCUCUGCGCAGCGCCUAUCCAGCAAAGCAGGAGGAGAAAUGGAAGUGGCUCCGUUUCUCCUCCCGCUUCACUGAAGAGGCACUGUGCAGAGAGGGAAAGCUGCGCAGUGCCUCUCCAGUGAAGUGAAGUCAGAACAGCAAGAGGGAUCGCUGCUUUCGCUGCGCAGCGAUCCCUCUUGCUGUUCUGGCUUCUGGGAUAGCUGCGCAGCCUGCAUUCGCUCCAUAAGACGCACACACAUUUCCCCUUACUUUUUAGGAGGGAAAAAGUGAGUCUUAUAGAGCAAAAAAUACGGUAGUUCUUUAUAAGUAAGCUGGAACUAAACUGAACAGCAAACAGCUCAGCCGGCCUGCUUUUAUAGGCAGCCAGCUGUCAACAUCGUAACAACGACAGCCCAGGGUUUCCCGCCUAAGUUAACUUACGUGGACCUGAGUGAAAACUAUACAGUGGUACCUUGGGUUAAGAACUUAAUUCGUUCCGAAGGUCCAUUCUUAACCUGAAACUGUUCUUAACCUGAAGCACCACUUUAGCUAAUGGGGCCUCCCGCUGCCGCUGCGCCACCGCUGCAUGAUUUCUGCUCUCAUCCUGAAGCAAAGUUCUUAACCCGAGGUACUCUUUCUGCGUUAGCAGAGUCUGUAACCUGAAGCGGCAGUAACUUGAAGCAUCUGUAACCCGAGGUACCACUGUAUACACAAUACCCCUGGUGGCCAGGGUGAGAACUUCAAUACAUAACAUCUGCCAUCUUGGAUGGCUGGAACAGAAGGCUGUCAUUGGUUAAUGGCUGUGCUCUGCCUUCACAGUCAAGAGGAAGCGAUGCUUCUGAAUACCCAGUUGUUGGAAACCGCAGCAGGAGAGAGGGCUCUCCUGCCCAGAUCCUGCCUGUGGGUUUGCCAUGGCGGUGGGGGCAAGGGCACUUUGCUGGCCAUAAUGAGAACAGGAUUCUGGUCUCUUCUGAUUGUGCUGGAUCUGAUUGCCCAAUUAAUUUGAAGGCGUCUGCAAUUCUGAAUGGCCUCAGGAACACGUUCCUUUCCUGGUGAGCGGUUCUUAGGCGAGAAAGGAAGCUGUGCGUGUUUCACACCCAGAUGCACUGGAGUUGAGAUGGGGGCGGAAGCUUAUGGGGAAGCUGUUUUACACACAAUUUUUAAAAAAGCGCCCUCAGCCCCAAGAUCUGUGUUUUAUACCACAGAUUUAUUGUUAUUAUUAUAAUUUAUUAUUUAUAUCCUGCCCAUCUGGCUGGGUUUCCCCAGCUACUCUGGGCAGCUCCCAAUAGAAAGUUAAAAACAUAAUAAAGCAUCAAACAUUAAAAACUUCCCAAAACAGGGCUGCCUUCAGAUGUCUUCUAAAAGUCAGAUAGUUGUUUAUUUCCUUGACAUCUGAUGGGAGGGCGUUCCACAGGGCGGGUGCCACCACCGAGAAGGCCCUCUGCCUGGUUCCCUGUUACCUCACUUCUUGCAGGGAGGGAACCGCCAGAAGGCCCUCGGAGUGGGACCUCAGUGUCUGGGCUGAACGAUGGGGGUGGAGACACUCCUUCAGGUAUACUGGACUGAGGCCGUUUAGGGCUUGAAAGGUCAGCGCCAACACUUUGAAUUGUGUUCGGAAAUGUUCAGGGAGCCAGUGUAGGUCUUUCAAGACCGGUGUUAUAAGGUCUCGACAGUUGCUCCCAGUCAACAGUCUAGCUGCCGUGUUCUGGAUUAAUGGUAGUUUCCGGGGGGAUUGAUCCUCCAGGUCUGAUAGGCCUCUUCGCCUGUUUCACAGCAGCAGACUGGUGGUUGUGGGCGGCAGGUCCUUUAGUUCACAAAUGGAUCAUGUUCUCCUAUUAUUCCCAAAGGGGCGAGUCGCUUCUGUUUCCCUCCAGCAGGAGGCGAGAGGGGGUCACUCCUCCACCCUCUGCUGGCAUAACACAGAAUCCUGACCAUGGUGGCUUUUUUGCCCAUGCAGGUGUUCAUUAGUGUCCCAGGGGUCAUCUUGUCUGACCUCCCUCCAACGCUGGUGAACCACCCCAAACUCUAAUUGCGAGAAAAAGGGGUCCAUUUACACUCUCUCCAUCCAGUGGGCCAGGAAUUGGCCCACUGACACAAGAAUAGCCAGCCCACAUUGGCUGGUAGCUUGUUCUAGCUCCUUGCUUGAAUCUUUUGAGGAGCUUCCCCCGUGCCUUUCUCCAACCUUCCUGGGCAUGGAUUCCUUCAUUAGAGGGGAAAUCAAGCAAUAGACGGAAGAAGACAGCGCCCCAGUAUGGACUUUCUCUUAGAUCAUCCUGGGACAGAAUACGGCAGCUAGACUGGUGGCUGGGAGCAGCUGCCGAGACCACAUAACACCGGUCCUGAAAGACCUACGUUGGCUCCCAGUACGUUUCCGAGCACAAUUCAAAGUGUUGGUGCUGACCUUGAAAGCCCUAAAUGGCCUCGGCCCAGCAGACCUGAAGGAGCAUCUCCACCCCCAUCGUUCUGCCCGGACACUGAAGUCCAGCACCGAGGACCUUCUGGUGGUUCCCUCAUUGCGAGAAGUGAGGCUACAGGGAACCAGACAGAGGGUCUUCUCAGUGGUGGUGCCCGCACUGUGGAACACCCUCCCAUCGGAUGUCAAAGAGAUAAACAACUACCUGACAUUCAGAUGACAUCUUAAGGCAGCCCUGUUCAGGGAAGUUUUUAAUAUGUAACGCUGUACUGUUUUUAACACUUGAUUGGGAGCCGCCCAGAGUGGCUGGGGAAACUCAGCCAGAUGGGCGGGGUAUAAAUAAAUAAAUAAAUAAAUAAAUAAACAUAAUAAACCACCCAGAGUGGCUGGGGAAACCCACCUGGAUAGGCAGGGUAUUAAUAGUAGUAGUAGUAGUAGUAGUAGUAGUAGUAAUAUUAUUAUUAUUAUUAUUAUUAUUAUUAUUAAUGUAUAUCCCUCAAACCCAGUGUUGUCCACACUGACUCUCCAUGAGUUCAGGCCAGGAGCUUCCCUAGAGAUGCUGCUGGGCGUGUGUGUGUUAACCUGGGACCUUCUGCAUGCCAAGCAGGUGCUUCACCUGUGAGCUGUGACCCUCCCCUUCACCUUUCUCCUGGCCCCGCUACCUAGAGCUGGCCUCUGCAGAAGCAGAGCUUAAUAAACUGCAUGCAUGUCAAGGAGAAAGGGGAUAGAGAAGAGUUUUUCUCCCUCUCCCAUAGUUCUGGAAGCCGUGCGACGAAGCUGAAUGUUGGAACAUUCGGAGGAGAGAAAAGAAAGCGCUUCUUUGCAAUGCAGCUAAACUAUGGAACUCCCUCCUGCAGGAAGCAGUGAUGGGCAAGGCAAAAGCCUAGGUGGCUUUAAAAGAGAAUGACACAAAUUCAUGGAGCGGGAGAGGGCUAUUGAGGGCUACUAGCCAUGUUGUCUAGGGAUGCGGGUGGCGCUGUGGGUUAAACCACAGAGCCUAGGACUUGCUGAUCAGAAGCUUGGUAGUUCAAAUCCCCGCAAUGGGGUGAGCUCCCGUUGCUGGGUCCCUGCUCCUGCCAACCUAGCAGUUCGAAAGCACGUCAAAGUGCAAGUAGAUAAAUAGGUACCACUCCAGCGGGAAGGUAAACGGCGUUUCCGUGCACUGCUUUGGCUUAGUCAUGCUGGCCACAUGACCUGGAAGCUGUACGCCAGAGUCGUCCAUGACUGGACCUAAUGGUCAGGGGUCCCUUUACCUUUAGUUUUAGCCAUGUUGUGUAUGUGCUGCCUCCACAGUCUGAGGCAGAAUGCUUCUGAGGACCAGUUCCUGGAAACCACAGGAGAAGAGAUUUGCUCUUGUGCUCAAAUCCUGUUUGUGAGUUUCCCACUGGGGCAUCUGGGUGGCCGCUGUGAGGCUGGACUAGAUGGAUCCAGCAGAUCCUCCUUACGUUUUUAUUUGUCCUCAGAGCAUGUGCUUUUUUUGCAUUCUGUUUCAACCAUGUACGUGGCUUUGACACCAUUGUCUUGUGAAGCGGUCUAUAAACUUGUUGAAUCUCAAUGGCAACCCCCUUGAUUCUGCCCUGCCAUCGAUCGGUGCUGGCUAUUUUCUUGAAGGCAUCAGGUAGCAGAGCUUGCGAUGGCAGGGUGUGUGUGUGGGGGGGGGUUGCUUGUGUGUUAAGUGAGCUUGCCUUGCCAAAAUGUACGUCGCUUUCUGAAAUCACCCCCAGGCCAGUUUGCCUUUGCUAUCGCAAGAUGGAAACUAUCGGAAGUUUGGGUGCACAGCCUUUGCACAGAGCUAAGAGAGUGAGAGGGACACGGGUGGCGCUGUCGGUUAAACCACAGAGCCUAGGACUUGCCGAUCAGAAGGUCAGCGGUUCGAAUCCCCGCAACGGGGUGAGCUCCCGUUGCUCGGUCCCUGCUCCUGCCAACCUAGCAGUUCGAAAGCUCGUCAAAGUGCAAGUAGAUAAAUAGGUACCACUCCGGCGGGAAGGUAAACGGCGUUUCCGUGCGCUGCUCUGGUUCGCCAGAAGCAGCUUAGUCAUGCUGGCCACUGACCCGGAAGCUGUAUGGUGGCUCCCUCGGCCAGUAAAGCGAGAUGAGCGCCGCAACCCCAGAGUCGGCCACGACUGGACCUAAUGGUCAGGGGUCCCUUUACCUUACUGCCUCCAACAGUGGAGGUAGAAAAUAGUGGAGAGUGAGGGACCUCUGUACCCCCAGACUGUACCUUUAACCUUACGAGCUUGCAACCUUAGCAAGAAUAGGUUGGAACAGAACCUGCAUCUCACGUCCCCUUGUCUGCUCUGGUCAUCUAGCGUUUGCUAGGAGGGGAGUUCACAAAGGUGCUGGAGAAACUUUUUGCUUUGAUGCCCUGAGUAAUGCGCCACGACUGGCAGAUAAACAGCCCGCCUCUCUUUAUCUCUCUGUGGUUUUUUUUAAUUAACCAAAUCUAGCUGCCCCCCUUUCUCUCCCCACACGCACACACCCCGGUGCUCCUUUCAUCCCUUUGGUGGCCCGCGACACAGCAUCCCCAGAGUAAGCGUUUUCAAGUCCCAGCUAUUGAUGCCGGCGACGGGCGGCCCAUUCUCCCCACGCAGCUAAAUGUCUGUUGCGUUAGCCAUGCCGCGUUAGAAAAAAGCGGCGGCUGUGAAUGGAUUCGCGGUGAGGUCCCUUUUGGGGGCCUCUGUCAAUAGCGACGGCGUUCGUGGCCUGAAUAGCCACGGCGCUCAUUUGAGGGGCUCUGAAUGGAGCUGUUUUGUGGCUCCCGCAACGGGGGAGAGGAAUGAACUCAGCUUGAAGGUUUCGUUCAAGCUGGGAAACGGCAGCCCUCGGAGACGUAUUUCACUGGAGUGCUUGGGGUGGGGGCAAAUGCUUCUCAACAGGAAUGGGGAGGGGGGACACAACAACCCUCAAAUAUAUAUUCUCUUAAUUGAAUCCUGGAAUUAUGCUGUGUGGAAUUUUUUUUUUUGGGGGGGGGAGGUGAUUAAAUAAAUAAAUAAAUAAAUAAAUAAUUUAUAUCCCGCCCUCCCCAGCCGAAGCUGGGCUCAGAGCGGCUAACAACAGUAAAAUAAUACAGUGGCAUCUCGGGUUAAGUACUUAAUUUGUUCCGGAGGUCCGUUCUUAACCUGAAACUGUUUUUAACCCGAAGCACCACUUUAGCUAAUGGGGCCUCCUGCUGCUGCCGCUGCUCCGCCGGAGCACGAUUUCUGUUCUGGGUUAGCAGAGUCUGUAACCUGAAGCAUAUGUAACCCAAGGUACCACUGUAUAGCAUUAUAAAAUCAGUUCAAAUCAAAUUAAUGGCAACCAUUGGGCUAGAGUUCUGUGAAGAUUACCAAAGGAGGGGGUCAGGCUGUGCCUUGGCCAAAGAUCUGGCGGAACAGCUCUGUCUUGCAGGCCCUGCUGAAAGAUUUCAAGUCCCGCAGGGCCCUAGUCUCUUGGGACAGAGCGUUCCACCAGAUCGGGGCCACAGCCGAAAAAGCCCUGGCUCUGGUUGAGGCCAGCCUAACCUCCCUGUGGCCCGGGACUUCCAAGAUGUUUUUGUUUGAAGACCGUAAGGUCCUCUGUGGGACAUACCAGGAGAGGCGGUCCCGUAGGUACGAGGGUCCUAGGCCGUAUAGGGCUUUAAAGGUUAAAACCAGCACCUUAAACCUGAUCCUGUACUCCACCGGGAGCCAGUGCAGCUGGUAUAGCACCGAGCGAAUGUGAUCUCGCAGCGAGGACCCCGUAAGGAGUCUCACCGCAGCAUUCUGCACCCACUGGAGUUUCUGGGUCAGUCUCAAGGGCAGCCCCACGUAGAGUGAGUUACAAUAAUCCAGUCUGGAGGUGACCGUCGCGUGGAUCACAGUGGCUAGGUCAGGGCAAGAGAGUAAAAUGACUGAAUUUGGUAAAGUGAUGCUCACUUCAAGAAUCACCUAAGACUGAAGAAAGGAAGUAGACCCUCAGUCUAGCAUCCUGUUCUCACUGAGGCUAAUGCCUGAAUGGUAAGAUCACAAGUAGGACUUGAUCACAAGAGAAUUCUCUCCUUUCCUGUGUUUUUCGGCAACUGGAAUUUAGAAACAUUGCUGUCUCUGACCACAGAGGCAAAGCGCAGCCAUCAUGGCUACUAGCCAUCAGUGGCACUCAUGAACACAAACUUAUUAUGGUCAGAGACCAGCUUAAGAAACACAAAUGGAACUACAAUCCCAAUAUAUACAACAAUGGAUUCUCGGUUUAAAAGUGCGAUAGGCAUAGUAAAGGAGGUAAAGGGACCCCUGACCAUUAGGUCCAGUCGUGGCCGACUCUGGGGUUGCGGCGCUCAUCUCGCUUUACUGGCCGAGGGAGCCGGCGUACAGCUUCUGGGUCAUGUGGCCAGCAUGUUAAAGCCGCUUCUGGCGAACCAGAGCAGCGCACGGAAACGACGUUUACCUUCCCGCUGGAGGGGUACCUAUUUAUCUACUUGCAGUUUGACAUGCUUUUGAACUGCUAGGUUGGCAGGAGCAGAGAUCGAGCAACAGGAGCUCACCCCGUCGCGGGGAUUCGAACCGCCAACCUUCUGAUCAGCAAGUCCUGGGCUCUGUAGUUUAACUCACAGUGCUACCCGCGUCCCCUAUAGGGGACAUAUAGGCAUAUAGAUAGGCAUAUAAACACAUAAAAACUUUAAAAUAGACUACCUUAAAGAAAUGACCCAAAGUCGCCCGUGGAUCUGGGUUUGGGAAUUUUCAAACUAGAUUGAAUUGGGCGAUGGUCUGCGCCUACAGAUCUGUGCGCAGAAUCUGGUGACCAUCCAAGUCGUCUUGGGGUCUUUGCCUAACAGGAGAAGAUAGAAUUUUUGCUUUGCCGGAAGGUCAGCAAGCCUUAGCAGCAGGGGGGGCGAUGGUUUCUCUACAUGCCUCAUCGUAAAAGGGACAUCUAAAAAAUAUGUGUUUAGGGCUUCCUAUAUCCCCCAAAGGACAGGUGCAAAUUUUUAAAGGAUCCUUCCAAGACUGGCGAGGGCAGAGCUAAGCUUCUGGCAAGUGUAAAAGCCCUUUUUGCAUUUUUGGAUACAAGAAAAAAGAGAUAUGUUGCUGGUGCAGCUAUCUCUCUCUCGAUUUCUACAAUUUUGUAGUCGGAGCACCUUAAGCAGCCCUGUUGUCUCUCGGUGUCUAUAAUUCUUUGCCUAACCAUUGCUUUUGCUUGGCCCGAGCCCAGACUUAGAAGGGCUUGAGGGGCAAAACCCAGUGAUAGCCAUUUAUAGAUCGGUGUUAGGCUGAUAUGUGCCAAUCCUCUUUUAAACCCAUCCAAAAUGGUGGCCAUCCCUGCCUCUUGUGGAGUUCCAUGGUUCCCCUAUGCUCUGCAGGAAAGGCUUCCUUUUGACUGUCCUGAAUGAUGAAAUGAGGACUCAGGGUGGGGAAAAUGGAAGGAUACCACCGCACAGUGCGCAGCCAGGCUCUAGGCAGUGGUGGUCACCAGCUCGUAUGGUUUUUAUAAUUCAUAGCGCAUACCAGGGCUAUCGGCGGCUGCUAACCAUGACGGAUAUAUUCGACCUCCAUUGUUAGAGGUAGUUCAGUGGAACCUUGGUUCUCGAACUUAAUCUGUUCCGGGAGGCCGUUCGACUCCCGAAACCGUUCAAAAACCAAGGCGUGGCUUCUGAUUGGCUACGGGAGCUUAAGCGGAAGCAGCGUCAGACAUUCGGCUUCUGAAAAACGUUCGAAACCUGGAACACUUACUUCUGGGUUUUCAGUAUUCGGGAGCCAAAAUGUGCGAGUACCAAGUCGUUCAAGAACCAAGGUAUGACUGUAUGUCUCUUAAUACCAGGUGCUAGGGAUCACAGGUGUGGAGAGUUGCAUACCCACCAACAUUUCUCCUAUGAAAUAGAGAUGCUCGAUUCCCUUGUUAUAGGGACGCGGGUGGUGCUGUGGGUUAAACCACAGAGCCUAGGGCUUGCCGAUCAGAAGGUCGGCAGUUCGAAUCCCCGUGACGGGGUGAGCUCCCGUUGUUCGGUCCCUGCUCCUGCCAACCUAGCAUUUUGACAGCACGUCAAAGUGCAAGUAGAUAAAUAGGGUUAUUUUCAGUGGGAAGGUAAACGGCGUUUCCGUGCGCUGCUCUGGUUUGCCAGAAGCGGCUUAGUCAUGCUGGUCACAUGUCCUGGAAGCUGUAUGCCAGCUCCAUGGCCAAUAAAGCAAGAUGAGCGCCGCAACCCCAGAGUCGGUCACGACUAGACCUAAUGGCCAGGGGUCCCUUUACCUUUAUUCCCUUAUUAUUGCUGUUGUUAUUUUAGUAUUUAUACCCUGCCCAUCUGACUGGGUUCCCUCAACCACUCUGGGCAGCUUCCAACAUACAUAAAAACAUAAUAAAACUUGAACCAUUUUUUAAAAAACCUUCCCUAUACAGGGUUGUCUUCUGAUGUCUUCUGAAGGUUGUAAAGUUACCGUAUUGGCCUGAAAAUAAGCCACCCUUUUUUUUUUUCAAAUUCCGACCGUGAAAAGUUAAAAGUGUGGCUUAAAUUUGCGACCUUACAAAACUGGCUUUUAUGAUAUCGCUGCUGGAACAGACAUACGGUAAAAUGGAACGGGUGUGAGUGCCUGUGAAAUUUUAAAGGUGCGGCGUAUAUUCAGGUGCGGCUUAUAUUCGGGCCGAUAUGAUACUUUUCUCCUUGGCUCGGGUGUGUGUGUGUGUGUGUCGCAUAACUCCAUACCCUCCAACAUUUCUCCAGUGAAAAUAAGGAAAAGUGGGAUCAGAUCAGAAACCGGAACGGCUUCUAUAAAUCCAGGGCUGGAGGAGCUGGAGUUUCGGUUGUGCUGUGGCCCUGGUGUGCGCUUCCCCUUGUGCAUCUGUUUGGCCCAUGUGAGAAUAGGAUGCUGGCCUAGCGGAUGGUGACUUUUUAAAAAACAAUAAUAUUUAUUAUUUUCCGUACAUAAACAUAACAGAAGAAAAAGCCAACAAUAAUAAAGAAAAAAGAAUGAAACGGAAAAAGGAAAAAGAACAUAAAACAUAAAAUACAUCAAAUCACCACAUAAGCUAAAACUUAAUUAAUCAAAAUCCAUCUUCAUAAACGUAUUACUUGACUUCCUCAAAUCUCUUCCAUCUGAGUUUCUUAGUAAUUAUAUAUAUAGCAGUUUCCAAUAUCAUUAUUUCAUAAAACCAUAUCACAGUCAUAAUCAUAUUUCCUAACUUUUCUUAUCGUAUAUUUUCUUAUUUAUUUAUUUAAUCCCAAUUUAAUCCUAGGCCUAAUUGAUUCCUUCAGGAGAUUACAUAUCUUUAAUAUUACAAUAUUUAUUCAAAUAGCCUUUAAAUUUCUUCCAAUCUUCUUGGUAUUCCUCUUCUUUCUGGUCGCGGAUUCUCCCGGUGAGAUCAGCCAGCUCCAUAAACUCCAUCUUCAGCGGAUGGCGGCGGAUGGUGACUUUUACCGCAUGUGGUGGACUUGUGAUAAAGUUAAGAAUUUUUGGGAGUUAAUUUACAAUGAACUCAAGAAAAUAUUUAAAGACACCUUUCCCAAAAAACCCAGAAGUCUUUUUGUUGGGUUUGAUGGGGAAGGAAAUUAAGAAAGUCGACCAAAGACUUUUUAUGUACACCACAGCAGCGGCAAGAAACAUGCUUGCCCCAAACUGGAAAUUACAAGAAGUUCCUAUCAUUGCGGAGUGGCAGACAAAAAUGAUGAGCUACGCGGAGUUAGCCAAACUGACGGGAAGAAUUCGGGACCAGGAUGAUCAGAGGUUUCAAGAAAAUUGGAGUAAAAUUUAUAGUGUAUAUAAAGGAUAAUUGCAAAACUUUAAAAACACUGGCGGGGUUGAAAUAGCUCUUACAAUGUACGGCAGAUACAAGGUUUAUAAAUAGAAUACGCGAUAUAAGAAAAUAAGGGGUACUUGCUGAAGGGAUGGAGGGAAGUCGCAAGCUCGGCAGAGCUAAUAGUAUCUAUGUGAUUUAUUGUAAAGGUAAAGGGACCCCUGACCAUUAGGUCCAGUCAUAACCGACUCUGGGGUUGUGGCGCUCAACUCGCUUUACUGGCCGAGGGAGCCGGCAUACAGCUUCCGGGUCAUGUGGCCAGCAUGACUAAGCCGCUUCUGGUGAACCAGAGCAGCGCACGGAAACGCCAUUUACCUUCCCGCCGGCGCGGUACCUAUUUAUCUGCUUGCACUUUGACGUGCUUUUGAACUGCUUGGUUGGCAGGAGCAGGGACCGAGCAACAGGAGCUCACCCCGUCGUGGGGAUUCAAACCGCCGACCUUCUGAUCGGCAAGUUCUAGGCUCUGUGGUUUAACCCACAGCGCCACCCGCGUCCCUGUGAUUUAUUGUAUUGUACUGUAAAGGUAUGUAUAAGGACUGUAAAAGUAUGUAUAAGGACUGUAAAAGUAUAUAUAAGGAAAAUAAUAAAUAAUUAUUAUAUAUAUAAAAAAAGAGAAUAGGGUGCUGGCCUAGAUGGGAUCCUCUCUAGCCAGAUCCAUCAGCUGGGCUCUCACUCCGAUCAGUUGAUCUCCCAUGCAAACCUUCUUUCCUUCUCCCCCUUGCAGAUGCGGUGGGGCUGACAGACUUGUGCCACGUGGAGAACGUCCAGGAGAAGUCCCAGUGUGCCUUGGAAGAGUAUGUCCGUAACCAGUACCCCAACCAGCCCAGCCGAUUUGGGCGCCUCCUCCUCCGCCUCCCCUCUCUGCGCAUCGUCUCCGCCCCCGUGAUCGAGCAGCUCUUCUUUGUGCGCUUGGUAGGCAAGACCCCCAUCGAGACGCUGAUUCGAGACAUGCUCCUUUCCGGGUCCAGCUUCAACUGGCCCUACAUCUCCAUGCAGUGA